GCAGCUCUUCCUGUCUUUUCCUUUUUUUCCGGCUUCACUCGGAACUUUCCCACAUGAGACACUUGGACCAUAAAAGGACACAGAGACCCGAGAACCAGGAACCCGAGGAGGAGCUCCGGGGAGCCCGAACCGAACCGAACCGAGCCGAGCCGAGCCGAGCGGAGCCGAGCCUCCACCUGCUGCCGCUCCGCGCACCUCUCCGGUGAAACGGAGCCUUAUCGGACACUUUGAGCAGUUUCCACCGGCCAGAACCAAACCGCUUCCGAACCAGAACCCUUCAAAGUGAGCGAAAGUCCCGGUCCGUGACCCGCCAUGAGUCUGUGGACUAACGGCUCCUCCGCGGAUCUCUACGACGGGACCGAGGCACCGCUGCAGGACUCUAACUCCUCUUCCAACCGCUCCGGUGUUCCGGGCGCCCCGCUGAACUUGCGCCGGGCGGUGCCGGUCGGGAUGGUCCUGGCGUCCUUCAUCAGCUUCGCCAUCGUGGGGAACAUCCUGGUGAUCCUGUCUGUGGUCUGCAACCGGCACCUGAGGAUUCCCACCAACUACUUUAUCAUCAACCUGGCCAUAGCAGACCUGCUGCUCAGCACCACCGUGCUGCCGGUGUCCGCCACGCUGGAGGUGUUGGACUACUGGGUGUUCGGUCGCAUCUUCUGCGACAUCUGGGCUGCGGUGGACGUCCUGUGCUGCACCGCCUCCAUCAUGUCGCUGUGCGUCAUCUCCAUCGACCGCUACAUCGGCGUCCGCUACCCGCUGCAGUACCCCAUGAUCGUCACCGAGAAGAGGGCGCUGCUCGCCAUGCUGGGCGUCUGGAUCCUCUCCAUCGUCAUCUCCAUCGGCCCGCUGCUGGGCUGGAAGGAGCCGCCGUCACAGGAUGACACCGUCUGUCUGAUCACUGAGGAACCUUUCUACGCCCUCUUCUCGUCACUGGGCUCCUUCUACAUCCCCCUGGCCGUCAUCCUGGCCAUGUACUGCCGGGUCUACGUGGUGGCCAAACGCACCACCAAAAACCUGGAGGCCGGUGUGAUGAAGGAGCGGGCCGAGGGCUCCGGAGAGCUGACGCUGAGGAUCCACUGCAAGAACCAGCAGGUCCAGGAGCUGUGCCCCGCCUCCAAGGCCGGAGGGGGCGGGGCCUCGGCCGCUCGCAGCACGCUAACCGUCAAGCUGCUCAAGUUCUCCAGGGAGAAGAAGGCGGCCAAGACGCUAGGCGUGGUGGUGGGAAUGUUCAUCCUGUGCUGGCUGCCCUUCUUCCUGGCUCUGCCCAUCGGUUCCUUCAACAGCAGCCUUCGUCCUCCUGAGACUUUCUUUAAAGUUAUUUUCUGGUUGGGAUACUUCAACAGCUGCCUGAACCCCGUGAUCUACCCCUGUUACAGCCGCGAGUUCAAACAGGCCUUCAUCCGGAUCCUCCGCUGCCGCUGGAGGAGGAGGCGUCCCGGCUUCCAGACCAACUACAACCACCGAAGCCACCAGAGUUCCAACACCUCCUCCUUCCUGAACGGCAGCCAGCAGACGCUGUCCUCCGUCACGCCCAGCCCCCGUUGCGUCACCUCCAAACCCCGCCCCCCGCCCUGGAGCUCCGCCCCUUCCAGCAGUGAGCUCCUCCCCGGUUCGGCGGCGGGAGGACGGCCGAGCAUGCGCUCUCCGCCCGCUGGCAGGAACUGACUCAGCUGGAGGUCACGUGACUGUACCUGUCCUCCUCGGCGGCUCCCCGGGAAACAAGGCGGAGCUAGCGAAGGUUCCGGAAUGACCUUAAAGAAAAACAACUUUACGGAGCUGAAACCUGAAACACGGUUUAAAAGAGGAUUUAAUGCAGGAAAUGGCUCAAAAUUCUAAUUAAAUGUUAUUAUUUUUAUUAAAUGUCUCUAAAAUAACAAACAUUAAAUCAGUCAGGAAAACGUCAAACUAAAACCUGAGAUGCAAAAUAAACUUAAAGUCACGUUCAGAAAUAUUUUAUUUAUCAGCAAAUUUUUACGUCUAUUUUGGUAAAAAAAAAAAAAAAAAAAGUUGAAGCUCAAACAUAAAAUGAAAUUUAAUCCAAUAAAUCAACAAACUCUCUGAUAAUAGUUUUUAAAAUUUAAACAUUUCCAGUCAACAAGAAAUUAAACUAAAAAAAAAAAAAAGACUUAACCUACUGUUUUUCUGAACUAUGGUGAUGAUGAUUUAGCUUGUUUUGUUUAUUUUCUGUUGUAUUAUUUAAUUUUAUUUAUUUGGCUUCAGAGUUUCAGAGUUUUGUGGCGCCUCCAGCUGAUCGCCAGAGGAACUGCAGCUUCAGAGGGUGGAAAUAUGAAGCAGGUUCAACCAAACCAGACUCUCUUCAUGGUAACUGGAUCAACAAAACUCCAAACUGCAGUCAGAGAACAUUUUAACAAUCAGAGAAAAACACGUUUUCAAGAGACGGAAUUUCUCUGCUGACGCUGUAGCGCCACCUUCAGUCAGAGAGGAAAGUUGUUCUGAUGCAGAAUUAAAGGAAGUUUCUGAGAAUCAGUCCAGAGAGGGAUGCAGCACCGGUUACCAUGGUGAUCUGGCUACCCAACGUCGGUUACCAUGGUGAUCUGACUGUGCUACGUUGGUUACCAUGGUGAUCCGACUACCCGACAUCAGUUACCAUGGCGAUCCGACUACCUGACAUCAGUUACCAUGGUGAUCCGACUACCCAACAUCAGUUACCAUGGCGACCUGACUGAGCAGCAUUGGUUACCAUGGUGAUCCGGCUACCCAACAUUGGUUACCAUGGUGAUCUGACUGUGUGGCAUCAGUUACCACGGUGGUCUGACAUCCCAACAUCGGCUACCAUGGUGAUCUAGCUGCGUGGCAUCGGUUACCAUGGUGAUCUGUCUACCCAACAUCAGUUACCAUGGUGAUCCGACUACCCAACAUUGGUUACCAUGGUGAUCGGACUGCGUGGCGUUGGUUACCAAUGGUGAUCUGACAACCCAACAUCGGUUACCAUGGUGAUCCGUCUGCGCAGCAUCGUUACCAUGGUGAUCUAGCUGCGUGGCAUCGGUUACCAUGGUGAUCUAGCUGCGUGGCAUUGGUUACCAUGGCGAUCUAGCAGGUUAAAACAGAAACAUUUGUGACAUUGAAAAUUCUGAUUUUAAGAUCAACACACUUGCAAACACUCAGAUCUCGCUUCAUAACUCAGCCCUCAGAUGUGUGUGUGUGUGUGGGUAUGUGUGUGUGUGUGUGUGUGUGUGUGUGUGUGUGUGUGUGUGUGUGUGUGUGUGUGUGUGUGUGUGUGUGUGUGUGUGUGUGUGUGUGUGUGUGUGCGCGCACUAACAGUUUCCCUCUGCUUCCAGUGUUUGUGCUAAGCUAGGCUAACCUUGGCCUUGAUGAAAUGAAGAAAUGAAGCAGAUUUCACGUCACGUUUCUCUCUGCUGGUUUGAAGUGUUGCACCUGCAGAUGAUGAUUCAACGGGUUUUAAUGAAACACUUUUUACAGAUUCUGAUCCGUGACCGGCAUGAAACACGUAUGUUCAGAUUCAGAGAGGCCAAGGCACGACAUCAUCGUCUCUGAAACCCACCAGAAUUCAGCUUCAGAAAUCCAACAUUCUGCUGAUGUUUUUUCCUUUAGUUCAUCUGUAAACAUUUUUUUUAAAAGUGGGAAACAUUCAUCAGGUUCCAGAGUGACAUCCUCAGUCUGCUGUGUUUAAACACAUUUUAAGUAUUUUUACACUAUAAAAUAAAUGUGUAGUUAUUUAAUCCUGUACAGAAUCAGAAUUUAUCCACAGCUGCCGUGUCUCCAGGUGGAUUGUGGUCCAGCUUUUAUUUUUUUAUUUCCAUUAACUUUUAUCGCUGUGAUGCUGAUUUGAGCUCCUUUAAACAGACGUUCUGUACAGAUGGAGAUUCAGGUGUGGAAGAUGAAAGGAUUGCUUAAUUACAUGUAGAAAAAAAAAAGAAAGUGAUGUGUAAAUGACACAAAUAUUGCUUGUAUACAUAUUUAUGAAAAGUGAAAUUAUGAAAUCUAUGAAGAAAGAUUUUUGAUCACAAAAUAGAUGAAUAAAUGUUUUUUUCUCCACAGUUUCUCCUGUUUCAGCUGUUAUUUAAAUCUGAUUUUCUAUAUUUUUGCUUUUGUCUCCUAUUUCUUACAGUAAUGAAUUAGCUUCACCUCAAAUUGAAUAAAAC